AUGCUCGCCGACGCGCACUACGCGUACCCCGCCGUCGACGCGCACUACGCGCCCCUGUACGCGCCCCCGUACGACUACGCGUACGCGGACAUCGACAUCGACAUCGACGGCGGCAUGGCGUGCGGCCUCGUCGCCGCCGAGCCCCGCGCACGCCCAUGCGCCUCGCAGCCCGACCCGUACUACCCGCACGCGUACGCGUACGACGCGCCCGUGCCCAUGGUGCUCUGCGAGAGCGGGCAGGCGCCGUAUGCGGGCGUGUUCCUCGACGCGCACGAGCACGCGGGCAUGGGCGCGGGCGCGGGCGUCGGGAUCGUGCCCGCGGCGACGUAUGCGGCGUACUAG